AUUUUUUUUCCAGCCCCCAGACUCCGCGAGACCGGGUCCGGGAAGCGGGAGUUUCGUCCAUUGUUCCUCCUGACCAAGAUUGGCGCCUCCGCAAUGGCCGCUCCCCGUCGCAGCUUCUCCUGCGAAUCCGCCACCCAAACCCUAGAGUGGAUGAACGCCAUUGCCGUUUUCCUCCGGCCCUUCAAGCCGCUCCUCGACGCCCACGUUGUCAAUUUCUUCAAGGAUAGGUUGUGGGAGAUGGUUGAUGAGCAGUGGAUGGAAUGCCUUCGGAAAGAAUCGGUAGAAAAUCUCUUGAAAUUACCCUCUGGAUUCGUCCAGGACUAUUGGCCCCAUUCCCUUCAAGAAUUUAUAUGCACUUUGAGGUCUCUUGUCUUUGCUCGAGAACCAAAAUUGUCACAUCCGUUCUUGUGUAAUUUGCAUGUGGCGUCACUUGGUAGUGUUCUUACUCAAGGCAUGAGUUUGAAGAAAAAGCAUGAAGUGGAGAUUUUAGCUGCAGUCAUCAGCAAAGUAGCCAGUGGUUCUGGAGCUCAGACAAUUAUUGAUGUUGGUUCUGGUCAGGGAUAUCUUGCACAGGCAUUAUCAUUUGAAUAUCAGCUUUCUGUUACAGCAAUAGAUGCUUCUUUGCACCAUGCAACUGUUACCAAUGCUCGUGCUGAGAGAAUCAAAAAGCAUUAUGCAGCUAAAAUUGCAGGAAGCCAACAUCUCAAGGUUCCUCGAACUGUCACUUGCCAUGUUCUUUCAAGUGACAUAUUGACAGCUUUAAGCACUGUCUCAUUACAUGAAGAAAAUGUUGAGCAGUCAACAGACACUAAUAAUAGUCUAGAAAAUGAUGUUCUGGAGAAUUUGAAAUCACAUAUAGGAAAAGCAAGUUAUUUAUAUAAUAACAGAAAAAUUGGACCUCCAUUGGUUCUUGCUGGACUUCAUGCUUGUGGAGAUCUUUCCGUGAACAUGCUUAGGACCUUUGUGGACUGCGAACAAGUGAAAGCAGUUGUUGGUGUUGGUUGUUGUUACAACUUACUAUCUGAAGACCAUGCUGAGAAGACCAACACCCCAUGUGGUUUUCCAAUGAGCAGGGCUGCUAAAUUAUCUGGGUUAACCCUUGGAAAAAAUGCACACGAUCUUGCUUGUCAGAGUGCAGAGCGAUGGAGAAGUCUUACUAAAGAUGAUGCACUUCAAAAUUUUGAUGUACAUACCUUUCGUGCUGCCUUCCAAAUGGUUCUUGAUAAAUACUUUCCAGAUGUCUUAACAUCAAGCCCAUCAAUUGGUCGAAAAGGGAAAGCUCUACGUCGCCAACGAAUGAGACAAGUUAUUGAAUCUAAGUUGGGUACAAAAGGAUGCAAUACCGUUCCUUUCUUUACGUUCAAACAACAAUGCAAGUCUGCAGCUGGUUCAUUGACCAUGAAGACUGAUGAACUUGAAGUGGUUGAUGGAUGUUACAGCAAUAUGGCACUAAGAGCAUUUUUGAUAUAUGCUGCAGUUGAUGCAUGUACCACCUUAGAAGAACUUCCACAGUCCAGCUCUAGCUCUGAUGUCAGAUGCCUAGAAACUACUGUUGAGAAAACUGAUAACUAUUUGCUUUUUAAAGAAUUCAGCAUGUCUGGACUAAGUCGCCUUGGCUGUGGCCCUUCAGAAGACAUCAAUCUCCUUGAAAUAUGGAAAGAGGCUCAACCUUUCGCUGAAUUUGUAGGUCCUUUUUGGUCUCUGCGAGCUGCUCUAGGGCCACUGGUAGAAACUUACAUUUUGCUUGAUAGGUUGUUGUUCCUUCAAGAGCAAGGCAAUUCAGUGGAGGCAUUCUUGUUCCCUCUAUUUGAUCCUACAAUAUCACCAAGGAAUGUGGCUAUAGUUGCCCAAAAAACUGGUGCAGAUACACUUGCAACAUGACAUGGUAACAAUUCUUUCUUUGCAUCUCCUGAAUAUGGACAUGCAUAUUCUUGUAUGUUGUUCAUGCAGUUAGGUAGUUACUUUGAACCACUUCACAAAAGAAAUGGUAAGUGGUCCCUCAGUCAUUAAAAGAAUAUAAAAUGUUUUCUUUUAGUUAGGACUUCUGGUAAACCCAAUUAUUAUUACUGCGAUAUGUAAUCUGAAAUUUGUAUACAUGAUAAAGCCAGAGCUAGUGGGUAGAGUCAACAUCUGUUUUAUAUUUAUUCAUUUAAAUUUGCAAGAUGAUUGCGUUGAGAGGGCACGCAGUUUUCAGAAAACAAAUUUAGGCAUUUAACUGUGAUCUUCAUUUUCUAAUUGCUUUUGAAACUGCAGAUAUGGAAAGGAGCCAGGUACAUGAGUUUGUUGAUCCGUUAAGUUAUUUUUGAGCUCUGUAAGUCUCCAAGUGCAGAAGAUGACAUCAAAUUUUGUUUCCUCUUUGGUUUUUAUUUCCUUGAAAUAUCAUUUGCAUUCUCAGAAAUAAGUAUCUUCAGGUUUUAUCACCUGAUCCACUCUGCUAUAUUUUGAAAAUCCAUAGGUGCUUUAGGUGCAGCCACUCAUUUAGGUUUUAAGCUCCACUAUUUGUCAGAUGUGGAGGAUGAGUUCUUUGUUCGAAAAUAAAAUAGAUGACCUUUGACUGAUCGAAAAUGGGAUAUCUAUACAAAAGCUUACUGUACAUAACUCCACCAAUGGCAUUUUGCUCUCAUUGUGCUCGGAUUUAUCUAUGGCAUUUUGCUAUCUUUUUGUCAAGAUUUACCCAUGGUACUUAUAAUUUUUUCAAAACUGCCAUUUCUCUUUUUGAUGCGUGUUGGAGAAACUUGCUUAAGUACCUUCUUUCACCAGAUUUUUGUGGCUAUAGUGGAGAGCAAAUUGUUCUCGUCGAAUUUUACAAUGAUGUUUUUUUCCUGUAUUGUGUUUGACCAUGGUAUUCUUUGUGCUGAAAUGCGGUGAGUUGUGUUUGUUCUUCCUUGUUUCACCUCUCUGUAUGACCUUGAAUAUGACUAGACAUGUUGAUUUGUUUUUGGACUGGUCUUGACUUAAUCUGUAAGUGAUAUAUUUUACCCAAAUUUCAGUUUAGAUAAAUAAGAACCUCUUGCAUGAUAUACAUUAAGAAACUUGCAGCCUGUUCAGGUCCUAGGAUCGAGUCCAGGGAUGUUGUUUACCUGUUGGUGUUGGUGUAGGUGCAGUGUGCCUGUUGGAUUUGUCCAACUUUACCUGACUCUAGAUAAGUAAACAUGGUAAUUCUACUUUAUCAUUGGAAGGGGCCUGUUGAAUAAAUUGCAUUAGUGACUUGGGCAACCUCAAGAUGGAUAACUUUUGCUUCACAACAUGGAAGAAAUGACACCUAAUCUCUUGCAGAAAAAGAUUAGGCAACACAUCAUCAGAUAUCUUCCAGUCUUGUUGCCUGUAGCAAUGUUUAUGUCACUUGAUUCUUUCAUGAUUACUUUGUAAAGUCGUGCAGGAAUUUCAAAGUUCCACGUGCAACCCCUAAGAUCCACUUUCUCAUAAGUAAGCCCCUAUACCAACAGCCUUUUUGGAGUUAUUUGCACAAAGAUGCUCCGCCAUCUGUCUUGAAGAAACUUUGGCAUGAAUAAUUCAAGACUUUGAGGGUUUUGGGUGGUUCAUGUUGGUUGGUGAUCUUGUUGAAUACGAUUUGUACGUUUUUAGUCAUUGCAGAUUAUUUUGAUCAUGGAUAAAGAAAAGAAAAUAUAAUAUUGCCAUUUAACUUUUGUUUUCAUGUGGACCUGUGUUCUUUUGGUAGUUGUGUCUAGCUGUUCAUAAUUUAAUUAUUUUCAAAACACAGUUCCACCACUUCAGUUAGGUACCAAGAGUCCCUCAUAUUCAAAAAGGCAUUUUAAAAAAGAUAUAGCACCAAGAGCCUGUAUUUGACACUACUCUAAACAUGUCGAGAAAUUUCUGCAAGACCUGGUAAAACCUUUCUAUUCAACUGUUGGAGUGGUGAUGUCAUGAUAUUACUGCCAACUUACACACUGAAGGGCUCCUGUAUUAAAUAUAUUUUCUUGAUUUGACUUGCUUUUGUGAUUCUGAUUGAAGUCCUCUUAUCCACUUCCACGAAUUGCCUCGACUACCAAAACUUUGCCAAUCUGUAAUCCUUGACAAUGAAUGUUAAUGAUGGGUUUGAUAUCAAUAGUGUUUAUAGAAUGAAAUAGAUUCAAUAAAAGUAUAGAUUCUCUGUAUACCUUCAUAUAACAAAUAAUUUUUAUGAUUCCAAAAUGUCUAAAAGCAUAAGGUUUCAGAUAUGAUGCCACUAUUGCCUUUUCCACUUGACAAUUUACUGAACCUACCUGGUAUGGUUAGUCAACCAAUUUGCUGCAAUCUUUUCCCGCAAUGCUAAAGGCCAUUGAUUUAAUUUUUGUAUCAGCAUUUGCACCUUGAAGUUUCUCUCUAAUAAAGCAUCACUCUUAUUCCAUGCUUGUCAUCCAGAGCCCUCCCCUGGUGGUUUUUUUUAUAAAUUUUAUGUCAGCUCAGAGUAAUAAAACUAAUUAUUUAGAUGUAGUUAACCAUUUUAAUGCACUUACAACCUUAAAUGAUUUAACAAUAUAUUCUCAGAGUAAUACAAAUGUAAUAUGCUUUUGUUGCACAACCACUAAUAUAAGUGACCUCUCCAAAAAAAAAUAAUAAAUAAUAAUAAUAUAAAUGACACCUUUCUGAAUUAUGUUUAGCAAGGAGUUUUUCGAGACAAUCAGGCACUGUAUUUAUGAACCUAUGUUGAUUAUGGGAAAAAUAUCAUCCUGGGAGAUUGAGUACCAUCUGCAAACUCUGUGUGUCUAACUUUUAGAUAUAGGUAAAUUAUCCUAUGGACAAGUAUGACCUGAUUCAUCUCCCUCUUGACUGAAAGCGGGGGCCUGCCCUUUUCAGCUUUCCAAAUGUAGUAAUUAAAAUCUCAAUUUAGUGGGUUGGGAUGAGUGGGAUAGUUAUAUGCCCAUCCAGCUUGAGCUACCUAACUAUAAUGACUGUUGUUCACAGGUCAUUAUGAGAGGUACCAUAGAGGCUUUCGACCACACAAAACCAGACGAGCAAUUUGGCAUCUCAUUAUUUUAUAAGAAAGGAUUUAAAGGUUGACAAUGAUUUUAACCACAAAGGUCGACAAAGAUGAUGGAACUAUAUUAUACAAGUUUUCAUACUUGAGUAGAAUGAGAUGGUUUUCCCUUCUGGUAUUCAAGGCGAUGCAUCUUUGCAUGUGAAUUUCUUUUCAAGAGAAGUUACGCUUUUUACAAGGUCCAAGUGUGUUGGGCUUAUACUGGGCUGGGGCCUCGUAUGGCAACUGAGCUGUGGCCCUUACCUGCUUGUUUCCAUUGUCACGGGUCCUGUAUGGGCAUGUUUAAUGCUAUCCAGUAUUAAUUAAGCUCUGAUGACUUUAUAUCAAUUGUGCUCUGAUGGCACGUUGUUGUGGCCCUUUUGUUUCUGAAAUUCACUAAUGUUUUCUGAUGUGUGUUUUUUAAUUUUUGGGGUACAAAAUGUUGUGUUGUGUUAUGUUACUGAAGUUGUGAGAAAAAUGAGUAGUAGCACUCUGAUCUAUCUAAUGGAUUAUGUCAUGCAUGGUAGCUGAAAAAAUUCAAACUCUGUGGCUAAUGACAGGUGCAAUAGAGGCCUAGACAGCCUAUUGAGUUACAUCAUGGCCUAAGAUCAAGGGUGGAAGCAAUCCAAUCUGGUGCAUCGUUUGUCGCCAUGUGGCGCACGCUGUAUGCUAUGGUUGAUUGCCAGCUGUCCUUGCAAUUUCCUCCACAUUAGGAUGCCUAUGGCUUCUCUUUCAUCUUCUUCAUUGGUGCCUUGUGCAACAUAGGGCCUUUCAGGUUGGUCUCAUUGGAUUCUCAGCAAGAUGACAGCCAUUGGCGGAAAAGGAUGGGGGCUGUAGCUGUGGAAAAUUUCAAAGUUCAGUAGUCUUAUCAGAUAAAAAGAGUUUCUUUGCUCUCCUUACAUCAAGAUCUUGGCACUUGCAUUCGUACAUCGGAAGGCAUUCUGAUGAGUUUCUUCUCAUCUUCACUUUUGAAUGAUGGAGCCCUAACUUAUUGAGACUACCACCCAACCAGGUGAUAGAAAUUCUCUUCAGUCUUUCAGGUGUUUUCAUCGCAGCGCCUGGAUUAACAUCGAGCGGCUCCUGGUUUGUCAUAAAUUCUGCUUAGUCUUGUAAUCUUGACAGCUUUGGCACUGUUGGAUUGAGGUCUUGUCAUUGUUAGCCUCCUGCUCAUGAUUGGAUAGCCAUGAUUGCGAUGGAUGGCGGCGCGAAAAUGCAGGCCACUUGGAAUGGCCAGAGAGAUGACGGCAUUGUGCUGCAACUUGUAUGCCCAUGCUGCCUGUCCAUUUCAACUGGUUGGAGCACUAAUGGAGUUUCCACCCAAUGCUAAUUCUUGACCUUCAAGUCUUGUUGGAACCAUGUAUCUGACUCAUAUCACCAAUCUUCUUGUUAAUUUCAAUGACACUGGAUAUAAGCUGCUGUAUUUAGUCAGCUCCAUUCUGGAAA